AUGAUUCGAUCAAUGGAAGCCGACAGCGUGGAGCUUGCGGUGCAGCUUGAGCUGUGCAUUCUUCGCGCCGUCACCCCGAAAGACUACCAGUGCGUCUUGGAGCGGAAUGGCAAAAUGGACGGGAACACCGUACGCCUGCUGCAGGCGAUUAUGCAACAGGAUGACAAGGUGCAUUUGGGGCAAACGAUACUGUUGAGUGAACAUUUUCCGGUUGCUCUCAUGGUGGUGGAUUUGACUCCGGCUACGGCUGGCGUGUUGUGCGACACGACAACCCUUAUUGUACUUCCACCAUGCGUUAGUAACGGGGCUACAGAGUUGUGCCUCGCUGCACACACGACAGAAGAGAACCCCAAAGAGGAGGAGGAGGAGGAGGAAGAAGAAGAAGGGGAUGUCGAUGACGACCAAUGCAUUGUUGUGUUGGAUGAUUCUUUGAGUGGCUCCAUUGCGGUGUCGUCCGAGAGGUUUUUUUUGCGCACCCUGCUGAUGGACGGCGCGGUGGUGUGUGUUGGUGAUGCAGAGUACACGACUGCUUUCUCCAUUUGCAUGAAAGCAGAGGGAGAGGAUGGUGCCGAUAGUGUUCCUACCCUGCACACCUCGCCCGAUGUUUUUCGUAAUAUUCGGGCUGCCAUUUUGCUUGAGUCCUUAUCGUCCGUUGAGGCGACUCGUGUGCGAUACUCAGACCAACGGCUGAAUACUUCACUUUCUGUAUUUCGUCCUGUACUCGAUUCGGCGUGCAUGCCGUUAACUUUGGGAUUGUCGAAAAAUGGGUUUAGUGAGUUGCAAAUGAGUUGUGCCGUUCUUGUGCCUGCGUGGCCUCUCGCCAUGUUGAAUGCCGUAUUGGGAGACACGUAUGAGAAGAUGUUGGUGCUUGCACUAAAUGCCUCCAAGGAGAUGUUGUCGGGCCGAAUGGUCUCUGAAGGUGACGUUCUUAUUUUUCACGUUACGCCUCAACUCUUUCUUGAGCGGCAGCUGGAUUAUACGGACGUCACCGAGGCUGUGCUGAGGCAUGUUGCACAUCUUGUACAGGACGAUGCCGCUGAAACGACUAUGAGAUUACGGCAGAACUUUGACGGUACCAUUGCGAUUCCAAUCCGCGUUGCCGAGGUGACGACAUCUUCAGGUAAACCGUACGGGUUGCUUGAGCUAGAUGGUCAGGGGACGGAGGUCGUUUUAUCCAUACGCAGCACAUUGCCUUGCGUGGAUGUGACUCCCCUUUAUCCACCAUUAUGUUCAAACGGAACAGUUUAUUUAAACUUGUCUUUCACUCUGGCCAUUCGUGGAGCGUUGGGUUCCUUUUUUUUACCACUACACUCUGCGGGGACACAUGUCUUUGUGGUGCGUGCAAUGCCGGAGAACUUUCCAUACGAGUGCAUUACGACUGCGUUGGCAGUGAAUGGUGUGGCAGCGCUUAUUGUUGACCUUGAUCAGUGGCGUACAGAGGAUGUGCAGCGUCUUGUUUCAGAGUAUAUGCAAGGCCGUGGUGAAGUGGCACUUGUGAUAAAGAAUGCGCAAAUUUUACCUGACAAUCCCCACUUGUUGCAUUUGUUUGACACGGAUGAUACCAUCAGUGAUACCUGUCUUGGGGUUCGGAUUAUUUUUCUUGUCUGCGAGGGUAUGGAGGCACCACCGCCAACGGUGGCAGCCAGGGCCCGAAAUGUGGAAGGUGUACUAAAUUGCGCCAAUCCAUCCGACACGGACCGUCGCAUUAUUGCAGAAACUCUGUUUCAAGAGGCUCAACGUUCUUUUGGUGUAUGUAAGAGCCUUCUGUUGUCAUUUGAUUCCGUAGCGUCAUGGACAGUCGGACUGAGUGCUGCCGAUGUGGUGGCGUACAUGCAGGAAUGUCUCUCUGUUCUGAGAUGCAUGCGGUUGCCGGAGGGAGUACGUCCUGUACUUUCGGAGUCAUUGUGCGGAAGUGUGCUGCAGAAGUAUCAAAAAGCGCAUGGAUACAGUCUUGUCUCGACUAAACUGCAGCCUGUGCGGUGGAAGGAUGUGGGCGGAUUGGAGGAGGCGAAGCGAGAGCUGCGGGAGACGAUUCAAUUGCCCCUGCUGCACCCGGAACUUUUUUCAACCGGCACAAAGCGACGAGCGGGUAUCCUUUUUUACGGGCCGCCAGGGUGUGGCAAGACACUUCUAGCAAAGGCAGUCGCGACGGAGAUGAACAUGAAUUUCAUGGCGGUGAAGGGGCCUGAGCUGAUCAAUCAGUACGUUGGUGAGAGCGAAAAGAACAUUCGUCUCCUCUUUCAGCGUGCACGGGACAACUCGCCCUGCAUCAUAUUUUUUGACGAGCUGGACGCACUGGCGCCGGCACGUGGCGCGAAGGGUGACGCCGGCGGGGCGAUGGAUCGUGUUGUUGCGCAGCUGCUUGUUGAGGUGGAUGGCGUUGGCCACACACGCACAGACGGCAGUACCACCGCACAGGUGUUUGUCAUCGGCGCUACAAAUCGUCCGGAUCUUCUGGACCCAUCGCUGCUACGCCCUGGCCGCUUUGACAGGCUGUGCUACUUGGGUCUUCCCGCGACGAGGGAGGAGCAGUUGGUCGCCCUCCGUGCACUCACGCGGAAGUUUAACCUCGCAGAUGACGUGGACUUUGACGCCCUCCUUGAGCCACUUUCUAUGGAUUACACCGGCGCUGAUUUUUUUGCUCUUUGUUCUGACGCCAUGAUGUUUGCUGUCGAAUCGAUGCUUCAGCGCACUGCUGCGGAGGGGGGCGACGAUACACAGUCGGUGGGGCGUCAUGCCGAAGAGGCGCCGUCUUUUUUUGUUCAGAUGCGUGACUUUGUGAGGGCGCGCGAUCAACUCAAGCCGUCGGUCUCGAAGGAAGAACUUCAGCGUUACGAGAGCCUUCGGUCGAAAUUCACCACCUGGUAG